UCCAGGCAGCCCGCUCCAGUGUCUGCUGUGCCAGCUGCCCGCUGCCAGCUGGAAGUCCGGAUGGAUAACCCCAGAGCCGAGGGCUGGAGAGUUUGAUACGGAGAGUGCCACUGUCCCCCCGGGAAUCCCGGGACAGCCCCUGCCCAUCCCGUCCGGCAUCUCCCGGCGGGCUGCGGGUGGAUGGGCACGGGACAAGGGGCUGUGCCCGCUCCACGCGUGGGAACGCGGCUCUGCCGGAGGAUUUGGGGACACUGAGCCCUUCCGCAGCUUCCCGAGCGGCGGCAGCCGGCUGCGUUUCCUCGGGAGAGCGCUGGUGGAAUUGCUAAUGCUCCAGCCCGAGGUGCAGCAUGCGGAGGGCUGCAGCUGCAGCAUCAGGUACAGCAGCAACGCCGCCGUUAAUUAUUGACUCUCUCUUCAAUUAUCAGCCCUGAUAAGGCAGCACCCCCCUCGACAGCCCGGGCAGCGCUUGGUGCUCCGUGUUUUCUGGGAAAAAAGAACUGUUCCGUGGAAAAGUAACUCGUUUUGUGCACCGGGAUUGAACUGUCCUCGCAAAGGUCAUCCGAGAGCCGUGGGCUGCUCUGCUGGAAAAUCAAUCCCUCUUUUGUGCUUCUUGGUUUGAACUUGUAUUUGCUUUCUGAGCAAGGUCACAGCUCAGCUGACCAAGUUGGUGGCUGCUGGAGCAGGCUGGGCUCCAGCCACGCCGCGGCCGCUGCUCCGAGCCCUGCGCUGGGAGAAGAUGCUUUGGAGGGAGGCAAGAGCUGCUGCUGCUGCCCGGGGGGUUUGUGGGUGCCAGCGUGAGCAGCAAAGGGUGAAGCGACUCCUCAGCCCUUGUCAGAAGAUGCUUAAGUGACAGCCCAGUUAGACCCCCGCCAUGGAGAAGACAGAAGCAGAUGGCCAGCCACCCAAACCCGACGGGGACAGGGAGCAGCCCCGCAGCCUCCCCUACUCCCUGGAGACACCCUACGGCUUCCACCUGGACCUGGACUUCCUGAAGUACGUGGACGACAUCGAGAAAGGCCACACCAUCAGGAGGGUGCACAUCCACCGCAGGGCCAAGCAGCCCAAAUUCAGCACCCUGCCCCGAAACUUCAGCCUGCCCGAGAACGGCUCCCGCGCCUGCUCCGGCGCCGCUCCCAGCAAGAGCUGGACCUCCACCUGCUCCUUCCCUCAGCGAAAGGCGUCCCUGGGGGAAGAGCCGCCCCGGGCCCUGCUGCCGGCCGAGGCGGCUGCCGAGGAGCCGAGCUACCGGAGGAAGGCGCUGCUGUUGGAGACGCGGCGGCAGGCGGAGCUGGGCGCGCUGAGGGCGAGGCCGCAGCUGCUGCGAGCCUCCAGCAUGCCCGAGGCGCUGCCCCCCGGCCAGAGCCCCCCGCCGCUCCGCAGCCCUCCGCAGCACGGGCACGGCUCCGAAAGCGCCUCCCUUCCCGGCUCGGACAGCCUCAGCCCGCCGCGGGAGAUGGAGCCCCGCGGGGCCGUGCCGGGGCUGGGCCCGCCGCAGCCCGCCUGGCAGAGCCAGCAGCUGCAGGUGGUGGUGGAGAGCCGCGCUGAGGAGGGCGAUGCCGCCGAUGGCUCCGGCGUGGCCCUGCGGCUGGCAGAGGAGAACGGGAACGCUGCGGAAAGGGGGCUAAGCGUGAGUGAGGUGGAUGUGAACGUGCUGAAGGAAGGUGAGGAGAGGAAUGUCCGAGACAGCGGUGUUCCCCAGGCUCCUGACCAUGGAGAGCCCGGCGGGGUCACGGCGCUGAAGCAGCAGGUCGCUGACCUGGAGGAGCAGCUGGCCAGGAAGAAAGAGGAGCUCGAGCAGGUCAGGGCAGUGCUGGAGCAGCAGGAUCAUGAGAUCCAGGAGAAGGAGAAAAGCAUUAAGCUGCUGGCCAGCUCCAGAGCUCAGCUGGAAGAGCAGCUGUGGCAGGAGAAGUCCAGAGAGGCUGAGCUGCGGAGGCGGCGCGGCAGCGGGGCCUUGCAGCGCCUGGACGCCGCGGUGAACACCGAGCUCUCCCAGGGGACAGCGCCCAGGCAGGCCCAGGACAAAGGCAUCAACGUCAAUAUCCCGCUCUCCACCAGAUCCGUCGGCUGCGGCUCCCACCGGGAAGAGAACAGCAGCGCGCAGGCCGUGGAGGCGUGCAGGGAGCCAGGGCUGGCAGGUGCUCGAGCACAGGGACGUUCUGGUGAGGCCAGCAUGGAGGCUGGGCCUCCUGCCCCGGGCUUCACCCCGCUGCAGAUCCACGAGCACCCCGGCGACGACAACCAGAACCACCAGGACUCCCCUGGGCCAAACGCAGCCCAAAGCAAGGCGGGCUUUGGAGAAGAUAACCCUCGGGAAGGGCUGCAAGAGGAAGGUGCCCCUGGCCACGAGGACCUGCCGGCUGUUGACCCCAUCGGCCAAUAUGUAAAAAAGAUCCAGGAGCUCCUGCAGGAGCAGUGGCUGUGCUUGGAGCACGGGUACCCCGAGCUGGCCAGCGCUAUCAAGCAGCCGGCCUCCAAGCUCAGCUCCAUCCAGAACCAAUUAGUUAAUUCCCUAAACUCCCUGCUCUCUGCCUACUCCUCGCAAGGGCCCGUGGAUAAGGAGAAUUCCAACACGCACUAUCAACAGUUGGAAAACUCUCCAACCACAAGUCUUAAAUCCAUCAUGAAAAAGAAAGGUUAUGGUUUCCAUGCAGGAGGCAAUGGGACCAAAAAGAAUCUCCAGUUUGUUGGGGUAAAUGGUGGCUACGAGACAACGUCAAGUGAAGAAGACACCAGCUGUGAGGACAGCGCGUCGGAUGGUGACACCGAGACCGAGGCCGAGGGCAGAGCCGGGGACACGGAGCCCGAGCAGGCUGGAAGGGAAAGCAGAGGGGCUUCCUCAGGGGAGAAGCGUGAGGAUGAUGAUGAUGGUGAUGAGCAGGAGGCAUCAGCAGGAGCAGCACCCUGCUCUCAGCACCAGGCUCACAGAUGCAAACCCUCUGAAGAUUUCCUUGCUGCCUGCCAGCUCCUCAGUGAACACCUCCCAGAAAUCAGGAGCAGAAGCAACAAGCAUCUGCAGCACGUCCUCGGCUCCAUCUCCCAGGAGUGGUUCCAGGUGUCCAGCCACAAGGCUUCCAGGCCGGAGGUGGUGGCAGCGUACCUGGAGGCGCUGGGGGACAUCCAGCCCCAGCUCCUGGAGACCGUGGUGAACCUGCCUGACAGGAAUGGCAACACAGCUCUCCACUACAGCGUGUCCCACUCCAACUUCCAGGUUGCAAAGCUCCUGCUGGACACGGGCAAGUGCUGCCUGGACCUGCAGAACCGUGCUGGCUACACGGCCGUGAUGCUGACGCCGCUGGCGGCCCCCGAAACCCGCCAGGACAUGGAGGUGGUGAUGAGGCUGCUGAAGGAGGGGGAUGUCAACCUGAGAGCUGCCCAGGGCGGCCAGACCGCGCUGAUGCUGGGGGUCAGCCACGACCGGGACGACAUGGUGCGGGCGCUGCUGGCCUGCCAGGCCGACGUCAACCUGCAGGACGAGCAGGGCAGCACGGCGCUGAUGGUGGCCUGUCGCCAGGGCAACGCCGACAUCGUCCGGCUGCUGCUGGCGCAGCCCGGCUGCCUGGUGACGCUGACAGACAAGGGCGGGAACUCGGCGCUGUCACUGGCCCGCGGGGACAUCGCCGCGCUGCUGCGAGCCCACAUCGAGCUCAGCCCGUCCCUCCCGGUGUGAGCCGCAGCCAGCUCUCCUCCCUGGGGCAGGGCCACAGGGCAGCAGCCUCCCUGCACACCGAGUCGUGCUCCCCGUGCCGAAUUCUCCUCAUUCCUCCACUCACAGCCCUGAUCUGUGCCACAAACAACUCCAGACUCUCCUCUCCGCUCCUCCCGGGUAGAUUUGGCAGGUGAGCACCCGAAAAAACUGAGGAAAGCACAUUAGAGCAGCAAUACUUAGUCUUUUGUAACCUGAGGUUAUGGGUGUCCUUUUAAUCGACUACUUAACUGUAUCUCAUUUAACUUGUAAGUUUGUGUCCUAAUAUUUAUUAUCAGCUCUUCUGUAAGUAGUGGCAGGCAGCGAUUACUCAGUGUAUGUAACAACAAACACAAGCUGGAUGGAUUAUGGAAAGCAUAAAAUCCUAUUUAUGUUUGCUUGUGCGGGUCUGAUGUAAGAAUUAAAAAUUAAUGCUCUAGGAAAAUAUUUGAGCGUGCCAGACCCAAACACGCAGACAUUGUUUUGCCUGGGUUUGGAGUUACCAUAUGGCUGUUAUUUUUCCCUAAUUAAGUUUGAGCUAACGGGGAAGUGCAGCCCAUGGACAGGCUCUGCAUCAUGGUGGGGUGGGGCGGGGCAUUCCAAGCACUGGGAGAUCCCAGCAGAUUCCCAUCCCAGGGUGUGGUGAUGUUGUCCAAGAGCUCUGUGCAGUGGCUUUGCUGGCAGAUGCCUUUUGGAGGAGCAGUGCUUGCUCCUUGCUUUGCCUCUGCUCAAUUUUAAUAUUCCCAAACUCCUCCUGUAAAGCCAAGAUGUGAUUUAGGUGCUGGAACUGGGUCUCCCCCACCAUGGAGCACCCCCAGGGUCCAGCAUCACCAAAAAUCUGGGUUUUUUCUUAAAUCCCUCUGCUGACAGAGGCUCAGGCCCCACUUUUCCAAGCAUCCUUGUUCUGCUGCAUCAGGACCCACUGGGUCUCCCUUGGUUUUGGUGGAGCACACCCAGAUCUCCCUGAAUAGGUAAUUACUCUUUUUUUUUUUUUUUU